AUGCUGAAUACUGCUGGAACGACUGUUUCUGCUGUUGGUGCUAAUAAUUCAACAGUGGGCAAUAUUGGUGGCCACAGUAGCAAUGCAACUUCAUCGCUAGUAAUGCCAACGGCAUCGGCCGCCGCAACGACAGUCGAGGCACCCCAUGGCAUGGCCAUUGCUACAAGCACCAACGGGGGCGGUUUCAUUAUCCAUCAUCCAUCAGGGGCCGUCAUUACUUCACAACAAGUCCCUCAGCAACCACAAGCGCACCAACAGCAACAACAGCAGCGGCAAAAUUCUUGCGCUGAUAUCGAGGAUAAAAAUGGCAUUACUGUAAAUAUAGCUCACCAUCAGCAACAUCAGCAGCAGCAGCAGCAGCAACAACACCAACAGCACCACCCACACUCGCAGCAGAUAGUUAUGGGAGAGAUUUUGGAUUACAAGGAUGCAACUUUAGUCGGUACUGUGGGUGGAGCCCCAAGUGGAGAUAAUCAUCACAACUAUGCGUCUGCCAAUGCAAUCGUUGUCAGCGAGAGCGCUGAUUACCAACAUAUGUAUCAGCAACAGCAACAACAACAACAACAGCAGCGAAUAGUUCAUCAGCACCAAUCGUCAGUGGCAGUUGGUCCCAUUGAUUAUCAACCCGGACGGCAUCCGGAGCUUAGUACUAUGAUUAAACAUGAAGUCUUGUAA